GACACUGGAACGCAGCGUACUUUAGUUACAUUAUUCAACGGGCUACGUUUUAACAUUUCGUCUCUACUCAUUCGCCGACCACUGUUUUGAAUGUCGAGCUAACUGAAAAUGGACCCUCUGAAGCUACAUCAAAUAGAUGAAGAACUGGGGUCUGACGACGUCGCUGCGCUCAAGUUCCUAUGCAGCCAUCACAUUAGUAAAAAGCGACUGGAGUGCGUGAGCGAUGGACGUGAUCUUUUCACGCGCCUGGGGGAGCAAGCUCUGACGGACGACGAACAUUUUGUCUCGGAGCUGCUGUAUACUAUCGGACGUUACGAUCUUCUCCACAUCCUUGGCACCUCCAAAGAGGAGGUCAGAGAGAACCUAAAAAAUCAAAACCCCCGUAUAUCAGCAUACAGGAAACUGCUGUAUGAGUUGUCCGAGGACGUGACCAACGAAAAUCUUCGCACUGUCAAAUUUCUGCUUAAUAGAUUACCCAAAGCAAAACUACAGCAGAACACUACUUUUCUAGAUGUUCUGUCUGAGAUGGAGAAGCAGGAGUUACUGGGAGAAGAUAACCUUGAUGAACUGGUGAGAGUUUUGAAUGAAUGUGACAAAGAACUGGCCAGCAGAGUGCAGGACUUCAAAGAAAAGAGAGAAAAGGAGCAAAAUCAUCUGUCUGUCACAGUAAGUGGAGGUUACCUAUCACAAGAGACUUCUUUACCUGAUCCUGGUUCAAUGGGUCUUCUAGACAUACCAAUCAAUCAAGGACGUAGAAGGGGUUCCUCAGUAGUUUCGGAUGCUUUAUCAGUGUCUAACAAUGAGAAUCAGGAUGAGUGCUAUCCCAUGAGUCACCGCCCUGUUGGACACUGUGUCAUCAUCAAUAACUACGAGUUUGAAUCUCACACAACUCUCUCCAGCCGAAGAGGGACGGAUAAGGAUGAAGAGUGUCUCCGAAAAAUCUUCGACAGAAUGCAUUUCGACGUAUCCGUGCACAACGACUUAAAAGGCCAGGACAUGCUGAACAUAGUGGAUGAAUUUGCGAGCAAAAACCACGCCGACUUUGACGCCUUCGCUUGCUGCGUCCUGUCCCACGGCGAGAAGGGCGUGGUCUUUGGAGUAGACGGCUCACCGGUACAAAUCAGCGACCUCACUCAGCCCUUCGCCUCCUGCCACACCCUCACGCAGAAGCCCAAGCUCUUCUUCAUCCAGGCGUGUCAGGGCAAAGAGCUACAGAAGGGGACCCUGGUCCGGGCGGACGGGCCGGACGACGACGACGAGGAGGAGGAGGAGGAGCCGGUCGAGGAGGACGCCCGCACCAUCACCGCCGUCAGCAUCCCCGUUAAGGCGGAUUUUCUGAUCGGCAUGGCGACGGUGGAGGAUUAUAAGUCGUUUCGCCACACCCUCGAGGGAUCUAUUUACAUCCAGGAGCUCUGCAGACAGCUCGAGAACGGCUGUCCCAAGCAGGAAGACAUAUUGACCAUUUUGACUAGAGUGAAUGGCAAAGUGAGCACCGGUGAGUUCAGGAGACACAAGCAGAUGCCUGAACCUCGAUACACUCUCACCAAAAAGCUGGUUCUUCCCAUGGACUGAAACCUGAUUGGCUAAGGAACAACACCAUUCCUCGUAUGACUGGACCCACACAGAAUCAGUCAACCAUUGACUACGUCUCAAGCAUGGUGCCUUGACAUCUAAAGGACAGGACGUGACACUAUAUUUAACAACAUACAAUAAUGCACUGUGUGUACAUACACUAAUGGAGUGAUGUUUGUGUGUUUGUGUGUGUGUGUGUGUGUGUGUG